CAGGGAAACACCCCAUUUGCCCACUCUCCAUAUGCUCGGCACAGGCCUCGGGGCUUUGCUGUUACGUAACAUCACCAUCUCUAAUAUUCUCUCUGCUUUCCAGCAACAGAUUGUUUUAAGACGCAUCUAAAAAGAAACGCAAACUCAUCUCAUACCAGGAUCUGCGGUGGAUCUUCAGAUCGACGAAAUGGUGUCUGUUAGACCUGCAUCACUUUACUGUUUGUUGGUGGUGGUCUGCGUCGUGGUUUCCGCAUCUGCAGCUGAGACAAACAUCUCGGCUGCUGUUGGUGACAGUGUCACUUUACCAUGUAAAGCUUCAAAUAACUCCAUCAGAGUUAUGUGGUGGAGCAGACCUGACCAAGAGCCAAAAUAUGUCCUUAUGUACCGGGAUGAGCAGUUUGAUCCAGAAGAGCAGCAUCCAUCCUUUAAGAACCGGGUGGAUCUGCAGGACAGUCUGAUGAAGGAUGGAAAUGUGUCCUUGAUUCUGAAGGAUGCGAAGAUCACUGAUGCUGGGACAUACAAGUGUCGUGUCUCCAUGGGAGGAACAAACCGCAGGAAGAGAUCCAUUGUAGAGACAGACCCCAUCAGUGUGAUCAACCUGAGUGUUGCUCCUCCUGCAGGUCAGCCGGGAGGACCGUUUGCAGUGGUGGCUGGUCUGUUGGUUUCUGGCACGCUUGUUUUGGUCGUUGGAGGUGUCGUCUUUUUUCUGCUCUUCAAAAAAUCCAAAGACCAAAAACGUUAGACUUCAUCCUGGCUAACACCGGGUUUGUUUAAAUAUCGGAACUUCACCUGAAUUGAAUGUCCCCUGCUGCUCUUUCAAACUCUCCAAUGACCCUGGAGUUUACUGUUCUCUGUCCAACAAAGUUGUCUCUAGUUGAAUGAGUUUGAAAUAGCAGCAGGGUCCAUGUUUAUCUCACUGCAGUGGAUUGAAUAUUUCUCUUUGUUUGCAUAAGUUCAGUGUUCAUAAUUUUAUAAGAAAACACAAACAUGUUAAGAUAUGACAAAGUAGGUUUUCAACAGGAUGAGACCAAAAAAUAAUUGGAUUAAAAAUAGUAAACACACAAGUCAGAAGAAACUAAAUAAAAAUAAGAAUGAUGUAAAGAAUAAAAUGAGAUUUUACAAAUACAGAAAUUGUUGAAAAAGUGUCGAGAUUAAAUUAAAGUCACCAGAUAUGUUCCAUGUGUGGUUUGGCUGCCACACAACAUGUGAUGCAUCGCUUAGUUUUGUUUAGUUUUCAUAAAGAAAUGUAACAAUUUUUUGUUUCAUUUAUUUGUUGUUUACUUUUAUUUUAGAUGUGGUGGAUUUAAAAAAAUCUUAUUUACAAAUAUUUAUAAGUGUAUUCAAAUAUAUUCCUUAGUGCCGUGUUUCCCAAAGUGUGGGCUGGGACUCCAUUGUGGGCCGAAUACGUGUUACAGGUGGGCCACAGUAAAAAAUUAAUUGACAUAUUUCUAUAAGUUAUUUAUUAAAACAGAUGAAUUGAAACUAGGGCAGCACGGUGGCGUAGUGGUUAGCACUGCUGCCUCACA